AUGCAGAAGCAAUCAGUUGGAACGACAGCAAUUGACUGGCAUUCAACAAAAAGGAAAAUCGAAAGAAGUAUACUAGGACUGGUUGAGGCUCCUUACGACUGCAACGAUGUCAAAAGACGUCAACCAAUUGAAGAAAUCAUACCUGUAAAGUUGAUGCUUAAAAUUUUGGUUAACAAAAUUGAGAUCUUCAAAAACGAAUCAACAUUACUAGAGUUUGAUUUUGACACUGAAUGUAUUAUAUUUGGGGAUUUACAUGGUUAUAUCAAUGAUAUUCUUGGUGAUUACUUGGGACGUGGUAGUCAUCAACUAGACGUCCUUAUUCUAAUUCUGUUGAUGAAACUGAGAUGGCCAAAAAACGUCUAUAUGCUAAGAGGCAAUCAUGAAAGUCCGAUGGGUGACGCAGACAGAUCUGAACAAGCGUGUGCUGAUGCAUACCGUGAAUAUGAGGUGUUUACACUAAGUCAUGUAAUGUUUGACUGUAUGGCCCUUGCUGCAGUCACUGAAGCAUAUGACACGGAGUCACUUACGUCGCCGAUAAUUAACUGGUUAGGCAACCAACUUUUUUGCCUUCGCAGAUCGAUCCACCGCGAUUACGUUGAUAGUGUAUUAGACUGA